AUGGCGAACCUCGUGAACAAGGCGAAGGAUGUCCUCAGCGGUGGCAAGACUCAUCAUGAUACCACAACAACUUCCUCGACUCAUGGCACUACUGGCCCUCACCACUCCGCCGCAGCCAACACCCUAGAUCCAACUGUCGGCACGACAACCGGACAGAGCCAUACUGCUCCUACGCAUCACAAGACCACUGCCGGACCACAUUCUUCUAACCUGAUGAACAGAGCCGAUCCUCGCGUCGACUCGGAUCUUGAUCAUAGAGCCAACCCACACUCCACAGUGCCAGGGCAGGGUAGCACUACCUCGUCGACAGCCACUCACGGGCCGCAUUCUUCCAACGUGAUGAACAAGGCCGACCCUCGCGUUGAUUCCGAUGUCGAUCACAGAGCCAAUCCACACUCCACGGUGCCAGGACACGGUAGCACUACCUCGUCGACAGCCACUGCCGGGCCACACUCUUCCAAUAUGAUGAACAAGGUCGACCCUCGCGUUGAUUCGGAUUAUGAUCACAGAGCCAACCCCAGUUCCAAUGUGCCAGGAUACGGCAGCGGCACAUCAGGCUACGGCACAGCAGGUCACGGCAUGACCGGCCACAGCACGACAGGCCACGGCACAGCAGGCUAUGGUACCUCAUCAACUACCACGUCGGGCCCGCACAGCUCAAAUAUCGCGAACAAAGUUGACCCGCGUGUUGAUUCGGACCGUGAUCACCGAAAUGACCAUACUUCUCACGUUGGUGGGUAUGGGACUCAAGGUACAUCUGGCACGAUGUCGACCGCCACAGGGUCUGGCAUGACUGGACAUGGGACGGGUGCGUUCCCAGAAAGCAAGAGAGUUCAUGACAGCACUCUGUUGAACAAGCUGGAUCCCGGCACCAAAACUGAUGCUCUUGGACGAGCUAUGUGA